AUGUCGGUAGUUGGUGUUGAUCUCGGUGCUCAGAACACCGUCAUUGCUGUCGCCAGGAACAGAGGUGUCGAUGUGAUCACCAAUGAAGUCUCGAAUCGUGCUACACCGUCUAUGGUCGGUUUCGGACCUAAGAGUAGAUGUCUCGGAGAGCCAGCAAAGACCCAGGAAAUCUCCAAUUUGAAAAACACUGUCGGUAUGCUCAAGCGUCUCGCCGGACGAAGAUUUGGAGAGCCAGAGCUGGAGAUCGAAAGCCAGUUCAUCUCUGCCGAGCUCGUUGAGGCGAGAGGCGGUGAGGUCGGUGCCCGAGUCAACUAUCUCGGCCAGGACGAGGUCUUCACAGGUACUCAGUUGAUUGCCAUGUUUUUGUCAAAGGUCAAACAGACCGCAUCGGCGGAACUUAAGCUUCCUGUGUCCGACGUCGUUCUUAGUGUUCCUCCAUGGUUCACUGAUGCCCAGCGCCGUUCUAUCAUGGAUGCUUCCGAGAUUGCUGGACUGAAGCUCCUCCGUCUGAUGAAUGACACAACUGCAACUGCUCUUGGUUAUGGUAUCACAAAGACCGAUCUUCCUCCCCCAGAGGAGAAGCCCCGCCGUGUUUGCUUCGUCGAUAUUGGUCACAGUAACUACACAGCCUCUAUUGUUGCCUUCAAGAAGGGUGAGUUGACCGUCUUGUCAACUGCCUAUGACAGACAUUUUGGUGGCCGUGAUUUCGACAAGGCCCUUAUCGAGCAUUUCGGCAUUGAGUUCAAGGAAAAAAACAAGAUUGACAUCCAGGCCAACCCUAAGGCUUACUUCCGUCUUGCUGCCGGUGUUGAGAAAUUGAAAAAGAUCCUUUCUGCAAACGCCCAGGCACCAUUGAACAUCGAGUCUAUCAUGAACGAUGUAGAUGUGUCAUCUAUGCUCAAGAGGGAGGAGCUUGAGGAGCUUGUCAAGCCUCUUCUGGACCGUGCUACUGCCCCUCUGGAGCAAGCGCUUAAGGAUGCUGGCUUGAACCCAGAAGAUAUUGAUGCCAUCGAACUUGUCGGUGGUUGUACUCGUGUCCCCUCACUAAAGGAGAGAAUUUCUGCUUUCUUCAACAAGCCCCUCUCAUUCACUCUUAACCAGGAUGAGGCCGUUGCCCGUGGUUGUGCCUUUGCGUGUGCCAUUCUGUCGCCCGUCUUCAAAGUCAGGGACUUCUCUGUCCACGACAUUGUUUCUUACCCUAUCGAGUUCACAUGGGAGCAAUCCCCUGAGAUUCCUGAUGAGGACACCAGCUUGACCGUUUUCAACAAGAAUAAUGCUGUCCCCUCAACCAAGAUCCUUACUUUCUACCGUAAGGAGCCAUUUGACCUUGAGGCAAGGUACGCCGAGCCUGACAAGCUUCCCGGAAUAAUCUCACCUUGGAUCGGGAAGUUCUCCAUCAAGGGAGUCAAACCAGACCCCAAGGACGACUUCAUGAUUUGCAAGUUGAAGGCCAGAGUUAACCUUCACGGAGUUUUGAAUGUCGAGAGCGGCUACUAUGUCGAGGAGGUUGAAGUGGAAGAAGAUCCCAUGGAGACCGACGAGGCUGCCGCUGAUAAACCCAAGGAGAAGGUUAAGAAGCAGGUCAAGAAGGGCGAGCUGCCAGUCAUCAGCGUCACUGCCUCACUUGAUCCAGAAAUGAAGAGCAUUCUUAAUGAACGUGAAUCUGAGAUGGUCACCCAAGACAAGCUUGUUGCCGACACCGAGGACCGUAAGAACGCCUUGGAGGAGUACAUUUACGAGACGCGUGGAAAGCUCGAUGAUCUUUAUGCUCCAUUUGCCACCGAGGAAGAGAAGAAUAAGAUUAGAAACAUCAUGGACAACGCCGAGGAUUGGUUGUACAACGAGGGUGAGGAUGCCACUAAGAGUGUCUACAUUGCGAAGAUCGAGGAGCUUCGCUCCGCUGUAGGCCCCAUCGCCCAGAGGUACUUUGACAAGGAAGAGGAGAAGCGCUCACUGGAGCGAGCAAAGCGCGAUGAGGCCGAAGCCAUGAGGAAAGCUCAAGAGGAAAUGGCUAAAAGAAACAGCGAGAACAAGGACGCCGAGAUGAAGGAUCCAGAUGGUCAACACCAGCCACAGGUGGAUGACGUCCAGGAUAGAAUGGAUACGGAUAGGGCUUAG